AUGCCUUCUGUUAAGAGCGCCCUCGCCUUUGUUCUAGGCCAAGCUCUUCUGGCUACUGCGAGCCCGGUAGAGGGUGAGGUUGUUCAGAAACGACAAUGCCCAGGAAUCCAUGUCUUUGGUGCCCGUGAAACCACAGUAGGUCCAGGCUAUGGCUCCUCCGCUACUGUUGUGAACUUGGUUAUCGCCGCCCAUCCAGGAACUACAUCUGAGGCGAUCACCUAUCCAGCUUGUGGUGGUCAGGCCUCUUGUGGUGGCAUUCAAUAUAAUGCAUCUGUUAUUGCCGGUAUCAACGCCGUAGCCACGGCAGUGAACAACUUCCACAACUCCUGCCCAGACACUCAGCUGGUGCUAGUUGGAUACUCACAGGGCGGCCAAAUCUUUGAUGACGCGUUUUGUGGAGGAGGCGACACCGGUGAGGGAUAUCCUAACACUGCUGUUCCGAUAUCCGCAGGAGCAGUCGCUGCUAUUAAGGCCGCCAUCUUUAUGGGAGAUCCUCGAAAUAUUCACGGACUUUCCUACAAUGUCGGAACCUGUACUGCUCAAGGUUUUGACCCCCGUCCAGCUGGCUUCGUUUGCCCCAGCGCGUCCAAAAUCCAGUCAUACUGUGAUGCCCCAGACCCGUACUGCUGCAACGGAAACGAUGCAAACACUCACCAAGGUUACGGCCAGGAGUAUGGCCAGCAAGCUCUCGCUUUCAUCAAUAGCAAGCUUUCCUCGGGUGGUUCUACUCCCCCUCCGUCCUCAACAGCCGGCACCUCUUCCACCAAAACUGGCAGCUCACCUGGCCCAACCCAGACCCAGUACGGACAGUGUGGUGGCAUCGGCUGGACUGGUCCUACACAAUGUGCUGCUGGCUUUACUUGUAAAGUCCUGAACUCGUACUACUCACAGUGCUUGUAA